AACAGGUAACUUCCGGUUUGUGAAUGACGUGCGACGCCAUCACUUACAGUAACGGCCACACGAGAAGGUGGUCGAGGAGGAUCACGUGUGUCCAGUGUCCCGCCUCCUCGUGUCACCGGAGUGUCCGCGUGCGUCAGCGUGCCGCGUUUAUAAGCCGCAGAAAGACGUGAGGCGGCUGAGCCCGCGCGCGGGAAGAUGCUGACGCUCGUGCUCGUUUUGCUGGCGACCUCGGUCGCCGCCGACCGCACCGGAACCGUCGGUCCGCCGCCCGGAGCCGCCCGCCUCCAACUCCCUCGCACCGGCGAUGAGUACGCGGGGCCCGUCGAACCUGUGGCCCGGCCCGCCGCCGCCGCCGAGAAGCAGGACCACCAUCACGAAGGGGGAUACCGGGUGGUCCAGUGGGAGUGGACCUACGUCCAGACUCCUUACGUCAUCGCGGUGUGGCUCCUGGUGGCCAGCGUGGCCAAGAUCUUGUUCCACUUGUCCCAGCGCUUCACCACGGUGGUUCCAGAGAGUUGCAUGCUGAUCCUGCUCGGUCUGGUUCUGGGCGGCCUGGUGCUCUUGGCCAAUAAGAAGCAGCUGUACCAGCUAGAACCCGCCCUGUUCUUCCUCUUCCUGCUGCCCACCAUUGUGGGCGACGCCGGGUACUUCAUGCCGGCCCGGCUCUUCUUCGACAACCUGGGAGCCAUCCUCAUGUACGCCGUGGUGGGAACGCUGUGGAACGCCUUCUGCACGGGCUUCGGCCUCCACGCCGCCAAGCUGCUGGGGGUCAUAGAUGAGCGUGUGGAGGCCGACCUGAUGGACUUCCUGUUGUUCGGCGCUUUGAUCUCCGCUGUGGACCCUGUGGCAGUUCUGGCUGUUUUUGAGGAAGUUCACGUUAACGACAUGCUCUUCAUCAUCGUCUUCGGAGAGUCACUUCUCAACGACGCCGUCACUGUGGUCUUGUACAAGGUCUACAUUUCCUUUGUGGAAGUAGGAGCGGAGAACGUGCAGACGGCAGAUUACUUCAAAGGAGUGGCCUCCUUCCUCAUCGUCAGCGUGGGCGGGACUGUGGUGGGUUUGGUCUUCGCCGUCGUCCUGGGCUUCAUUACGCGCUUCACCAAGAAGGUUCGCAUCAUCGAGCCGCUUUUUGUCUUCCUCCUUGUCUACCUCGCCUACCUGACCGCCGAGCUCUUCUCGCUGUCGGCCAUCUUGUCAAUGACCUUUUGCGGCAUCGGCGCCAACAAGUACGUGGAGGCCAACAUUUCCCAGAAGUCUCGGACCACCGUCAAGUACACCAUGAAGACCCUGGCCAGCAUUGCCGAGACCAUCAUCUUCAUCUUCCUCGGAAUCUCCGCCGUGGACAAGUCCAAGUGGGCCUGGGACACGGGCCUGGUGUCCUGCACGCUGGUCUUCAUAUUCAUCUUCAGAGCCUUGGGUGUGGUGGGUCAGACGUGGGUGCUGAACCGCUUCCGUCUGGUCCCGCUGGAGAAGAUCGACCAGGUGGUGAUGUCAUACGGUGGCCUGCGGGGGGCGGUGGCGUUCGCUUUAGUGGUGCUGCUGGACGGCAAGCGAGUCAAAGCCAAAGAUUACUUUGUGGCGACCACCAUCGUGGUGGUCUUCUUCACAGUCAUGUUCCAGGGUCUGACCAUCAAGCCGCUGGUUGAGUGGCUCAAAGUUCCUCGGUCCACCAGCAGGAAGCCCACCAUCAACGAGGAGAUCCACGAGAGGGCGUUCGACCACAUCCUGACGGCGGUGGAGGACAUUGCAGGACUUCAAGGGUACCACCACUGGAGAGACAAGUGGGAGCAGUUUGACAGGAAGUACCUGAGCAAGCUUCUGCUCAGGAAGUCGGUGUACAGGAAGAGCGAGCUGUGGGAGGCGUACCAGAAGAUCAACAUCCGCGACGCCAUCAGCGUCAUCGACCAGGGUGGAAACCUGCUGACUUCAGCAAGACUGUCGCUGCCCUCCAUGGCCAGCAGGACUUCCUUUCCCGAGGCCACCAACGUCACCAACUACCUGCGUGAGAACGGCAGCGGUGUGUGUUUGGACCUGCAGGUGAUUGACAACGUUCCUGGGGCCAAAGUGGAAGAGGACAUGGAGACACACCACGUUCUCGCUGAGAACCUCUACAAACCCAGACGACGGUACCAGUCACACUACAGUCGUCACUUCAUGCCGGUGGGCGAGAAGGAGCGUCAGGACCGCGAGGUGUUCCAGAGGAACAUGAGGAGCCGCAUGGAGACGUUUAAAUCGGGACGACACAAACGUCACAAGAAGGAGCGCAGUCUUAAGAAGCGACGAGGAUCUGACGUAAAGGAGGACGCUGGAGACAAACCCAGAAGAAACAUCAGCUGGCAGGACAAAGAUCCUGUGGUGGUUCCUAUGGAGUCAGAGGAGGAGAAAGGAGACGCUGACAAGGAGGAGGACAUUGGUAUCACUUUCAUUGCUGAAAAAGUUGAAAGUCCCAAACAGCGGCCUUCAUCAGUCCCGGUGUCCCCGCCCACCAGCGGAGACAGCCAUUUACCAUGGAAAGGGGGCGUGUCCUCGCCCCCUCCCUGCGUGUCCCUGGAGGCCACUAAAGUGAUCCCAGUGGACCUCCAGCAGGCUUGGAACCAGAGCAUCUCCUCCCUGGAGAGCAUCUCCUCGCCGCCCGCCCCCCCCGGGGAGCCCGUCCAUCUGCGGGUCAGCGCCCUCUGCAGACCGGGAGCUCCCCGUCCCGCCUCCUACACUCCGUCGAGCAGCACAUGGGGCGGCCCCACCCCCAAGGCGCCCCUGCUGGCCUCUUUCCAAUUUCCGGACAAAAACAGAGAGGAGGAAGAAGAGGAGGGUGAAGAUGUAGCAUCACAGGAGAUAAGGCCGCUCAUGUCUUCUCUGAGACCUCCUGGCACGCUGCCGCCCCCACCCGCCUUAGCCGGCCCCGCCCCUGGCUCAGGGAGGCGGAGGAAGCCCUGCGUGUAUCUGAGGAGCCUGGUGACAGCGCCGCCUGCUGGCAGCGAUGAGACGCAUGGCAGAGGCCCCACCCAGCUUUAAGCACACAGAGCCCUCAGCCAAUCAGAACACUGAAACACAACCCUGAAGUAUCUUUCUGUGUGUGUGUGUACACCAAAAACCUCCUUGUGUCAUGUGAUCACUUUACUUUGACCACUUGUCAGUCAUGUGAUUGAAGGGUGACCAGUGAAUCAACACAACUAUUACGGCGUUUCCUGUAUUGCUGUCAAAUAAACACGUGAGCGUGAGACACGCAUGUGUCUGUGUGUGAGAUGAUGGCGACAUGGAGCCUGACCUUGCAGGUUACCUCAACUGGUCUACAAAGUCCAGGCGAGUAGUUCUAGCAAAGGCAAAUCAAAGUGGCAAAAAAGCAAAAUAAGAUCAUAAGCC